UCCAGGUUUACAGAAAAUUUUAUGCAGAAAACUUAAGGAGAGGUAGGAGAAAUGACACACACCAGUUUUCUCUUCUCCCUGAAGUCGGAACUUUGUCAAGGUAGGGAAGAUCACGACGGCAAAUUUUUUCGGAAAGUUCUUGAAAUGAUUCAACACUCGACAUCUGUAGUAUCAUCUAUUUUAGUGCGAGCCGAUAAGCGUCCCUGGUUUAUUUUGUUUGAUAUCUCGAACUGUUUGUACAAAUCCUCUAAUGAGUAAAAGCAAGUACUGGUUUCUAUAAUUGGAGGGUAGGCGCAGCGCUAGUUAUUUCGAAAGAUUCUUCUUUCCUUCCUUUGCAUUCACUUCUUGUCCCGGUGCGGCCAUUAGCUUGCUCAAUCAAACUCUUUCACUAGUGAUUUCUGUGACAUGACCUCGGCCGAUAUUGUGUAAACUAAUCGCAACUACAUUUCUCGGCCUAAGCAGUAUAGCUCUCUUGAUUAUGCACUUGAAAUCUUAGAGAAGACUUUGUUUUAUGCGCUUUGGAGGCUGGAGGGUUUCUGUCACCCGUUGAGUCGCCUAAAUUGUAUCCUAUGUUGAAGUCGGCAAUAUUACUAGAUGUAAAUUUCCACUUAUUGAAGCAACUCAUUAGCUGCAUGUAAUCGCUUCUGAAAACAUUGAAUUUCGAAGUCUUAUCAAGGUCUAUCAGGUUGAGUAUUACGUUUAUUGAGGUGCUCUUGUCGCUAGAUAUUUUAAUUUGUGCGAGACCCAAUAUUGAAUAGUUUUUCACAGCUUGGAGUAAAAGUCGCUCGCAUAUCAACAUUCAUCCUUGUAAAGUUAAUUAUGCAUUUGAAAUAAACUCCAGUUUAUGUCUAUAUAAUUUCCCUCUGGUGGUUUCAUUACUAAAUUAUUUUCUUUCCGUAAUCCGCAGGUAAAAAAACGCAUCGUGAUGAGGUAAAUAUGGAAUCCUAUUGAUCUUACGAGGAUUAUGUCUCAAUAUUCUCGAAAAGACGGCUCUGCCAGUAACAGGACUAUCCCACAUACACGAAUUGAGGACGAAAGGCAGAUAGAGGACAUUUACGAAUUUGGAGAAGUACUUGGAAGAGGGAGUUUUGGGGUUGUCAAGGAAGCAACGAACAAAGCAACGGGUAGUAGAUGGGCCAUAAAAGCUGUUAACAAGGAAAAGGUAUGGCACAAUGAAAAGUUUUAUCGCCCUCAAUCCAAGUGCAAAAUGAAUAUAAUUCCUCCGAUAUUAUGUUAAUGCUUUUUGUUUAGUUUCCGGCUGUUCACAAUUUGUGAUACAGAUUAAAAAUCUUAAAGGAAAACCAGCUGGUUCUGAUAAAGGUCAGAGGUGAAAUGUAAAAUCUCCGUGGUUGUAAAUAUCUUCCUGGCUUUAUUAUUCAGUGUAUCACCAAGCAAAUUGUUCGUAUCCUGGACUUUAAUCAAGUUAUUUCUCUUACACUAUAACCUAUUGUUUAGAUGUUUAGCACGUCAGCUAUCGGCUCUUACAGGAGUGGGAAGUUUAUCGUUUUCAUUUAGAACAGAAUUGGAGUUAAACUAUGCUUAAUAUUAGUAUUUCUGGGGUUAUAAUUUUUUUUCUUUGAGAAAAAUUUAAUUUUGAAUACAAACCAACGUUGUUCUCGAAAAGUUAUUUACUGUCAUGUCACAUGCUUUUUGCAAGCCUGAUUUACUAAAUUAAGAAACAGUUAUGUGCACGCCCUUUCUAGAAUUUUCUGGAGCUGUUUUCCAAUGGUCCCCUACUGAGGGAAUUUAUAUCUGUGAUUAGACUGAAAGCACUACCCCUCUGUGACAUCUAAAAAUAUGUUCCAUUUCAAUAUCCCAACCUAGACCAUACAUUUAUUAGAAACUUUAUUUACAUGUAUUAUAGUCCAACCUCAAAACCUUAAUAAUUAUAUUAGUGGUAUAUCCCAUGUAAAAUUAUGUGCAAAAAGAUAUCAUGAUCAAAACUUUGACAGUUGGUCACAUUUAAACCUUUGACUGAUGUGAAUUUAGAGGCCAAAGGAAUCCUAGUCCACUUCAUAUAAAUUUUUAAAAAUCCAUAAGAUACUUCAAAAAAAAUGAAUACCUAGAGUGCCUAACCUUCCUUUUCUUUUGAAAGUUUAUACAGCCAAUUAUUAAGUUUGGCUUGUGGGAAACAGCCCUUUUUGGACUUGAAUUUUAGAGACAUGAAACAAAAGAGGAUUAGUUAGCCUUAGUUUGGUGGGAAACAGGAUUUGGAGUGAAUUUUAAGACAUGAUAAAAAGAGGAUUAUAACCCAGGAGUAAUUGAUAAUAGGCAUGCAGAAUCUGAUCUUGUAUGCUGAUUUCAAUUUUGUCAUUUUUGUUUUAUGAAAGUUGCUAAAUUUAAAGUUUUCAGUUCUCUUUUCAUCCUUCUGAAAACAUAAAUGUCUUGAAUUUCCUUUUCAGUAGGCAACUAAGAAAUGUGAGUUAUUUUAUAUUUCUAUAGGGAUGUCUUUCAGAACACUCCAGUUCUAAGAGUAAAGUACAUUGGUGAUCAAUAUAUCAGAUCAACCCUUGACCUAGUGGGCAAUUUUUCAUGCCUGAAUAAAAGAUAUAGACCACCUUUAUUUAUUACACCUCUUCAGUGCCGCACAAACCCUUUAUAUUCUAAUAUCAGUAUGCUUAUUCUCAAUACUGUUUGGUCUACAUUUCUUAUGGUACUAAUGAGAAAAUUUUUUUUUAAUAUUCAAGAGCAUUUUAAGGUGAUUAUCAUUUCCUUUCCUCUGAAAAGCAAAAUUUUUAAAGCAGUAGUGAAUUGCUGUAUGAAGAUAUUAAAUACUAGUCACCCUAUGAGGUUUAGAGGUGUUUUGGUUUGUUUCCAUUUGAUAACUCUAUAAAGCUAUAGCUAGGGCCUUUUUUUCAGUUUUUAGACAUGGUCAGGGUAAUAAUAAUCAAAACAUUUUUUUUCCACUAUAGGCUGGUACUUCUGCUGUAAAACUUUUGGAAAGGGAAGUUCUAAUUAUGAAAAAGAUUGAUCAUGAGCAUUUGGUUCAUUUAGAAGAAAUAUAUGAAACAUCAAAGGUUAGUAACCCUAACCUUACCUUAUUUUUUGCAAUAUGUUAUUUCAAGAAAUAAAGAAAAUGGCUAAUUAUUAGGGCUAGUGGUGGGAGGUCAAAGCAGGCCUGUUUAUUUCGGUAUGUACCAAUAUAUUCUUUCAACACAUCUGUUAAAGAUAUUUGGCCCUGAUUAUCCAAAUGUUGUUUAUGUUGCAGUGAUGGUGUUCAUGUCAAGUGAUCAUCAUCAUAUGAUGAAUAGGAUUACCCAUAUGUCUGUUUUUAUUUCAGCGCAUGUAUUUAGUGAUGGAACUGUGUGAUGCUGGUGGUGUACAGAAACUUCUCGAAAAAAAGACCCGGUUUACAGAAAAGGUAUAUAGUAUAUUUUUUCAUACUUUUGUGCUUUCAUCAGAACUUAAGGUCAUUCUUUUGAAAUAGAACUUGUGCUGUGAUUUUUGUCCCACGUAACCUAUUGGUUGUUUAUCUUAUAGGACCAUAAAUUUUGGACACAUAGGAAACAAUUCAGACAAAUAAAGCAGUUUUGAAAUUUUUAUUGGAAAAACAUUUAAUUUGUAUUGAUUGAUUUUCAGGAAACAUGGACAGUGAUAAACCAGCUUGCUCAUGCUGUGGCAUAUCUCCAUGACUGUGGUAAGUGGAGAAACAACAGGCCUUCCUUAAGAAAUUGAGUAAAAAUGAGUUUAACUUUUGUCAUGUUAUUAACGCAUUCAGGUUAUUUUUAAAUCUCAUACACAAGUAGCCACAUGAGAAUGACUUGUAACAUACAGGGUAUAUAGAAAUAGAGUUUUGAGAAUUUAGUGAUGCCCUUAUUGCUUGGGGUAUUUGUUCUUGGUGGAUCUUUUUACAAAAUUUUUAACAUAAUACUGGGAUGCAAAAAGCUUACACUGACUUGAUUUUAUUGAUGUUGAUUUUAAGAUGAAAAAAUUGCAUUAAGCUAGACCAACUGUCUAGGAGACUAGAUUAAGUACAGUGGCUGUAAUUGAUUAGCAAGGAAAGCUCCCAAGACAUUCAGAAAGAAAGACAAAAUGGGAUAUAAAGAAGAUUACAGAAAAUUGAGAUCAAUGAGUUGAUAGUAAUCAAAGGCCUGUUGUUCAUUUAGAAUGAUUAAUUUGUUUGUUUUUGACUCUUUUUUAAGAUAUUGUUCAUCGAGAUUUAAAACUGGAAAAUAUUCUUCUUGGUCAACCUGUUGGUAAUGAGUUGUUAAAUAUCAAGGUAGGAUGAGUAAACAGUUUGGUUAAAAGUGUAUCUGUUAGGUAUAAGGGAUCAAUUGAUUCUCCAGUAGUUAUCUAGAAGUCUCCAGAAUUCUGAUUGCCUUAUCUUUUUUUCAUUCUAACAUGGAGAAUUCUCUUCACUUUAAACUGUUUUUCUGUUACUACAUUUCCUAACAGAAAUCCUGAUUGAUAAUUCAGUGUCCUUGUUUGUAAAUGCAAGCCUAAGCCAAUAAUAGUGGGCAGUUGAAUGAAGUUUUGAAGGAUUAAUCCUGAAAAGGGGACAAAUCAUAAUUAUUUGUUAAUUGUUUCACCUUGCUGAUCCACCUCGAAGUCUUCUAUGAGAGGGAGUUUUUUAAACCCAGUAUAGAUUGUGUAAUUUGCAAUUUAAACCAAGGUGUUGCUAAUGUAGUAUUACAAACCUUCGUUUAACAUGUGCAGUAAUUGCAUCUUUUUUAUCUUUUACAGCUUACUGAUUUUGGCCUUUCAUUUGUGAAAGGAAGUGUUGGAAGUGAUUCAAUGAUGCAAAGUGUUUGUGGGACUCCAAUUUACAUGGGUUUGCAUAAUUUUUUCUUUACCUUUCUUUAAUUGUAAAUAACAUUGUAGUUUUGAGUUACAUUUAACUCACUUAAUAUUAGAUAAGAAAUAUAUGUUAUUUGCCAGCUGGGAGGUCCAUAUGGUGAAAAAGGCUGCUAUUUUUUGUGUAAGGAUAAGGGAGAUUUAAAAGGUUUCCAAACAAACUUUGAAACAUUAUUUUUACAAGUAUCUGUCACAAUCUGACACCUAUCAAUUAGAGAGCACGUAAGAAAAAAAAGAGCAUAAGAACAUUUAAAAAACAAUGGAACUAGUUUAGCAAGGACUGUCACAACAAUGUUUUCUUCAAAAACAUUCAAUGAUCUAAUGGAAAGUAUUAUUCACUCUCAUCGAUGAUUCAUUCAUGUACAAAGAUUUACCUCUGUUCAUUAAGUAAAUGGCAAGGAAAGUAAUUGUGAGUAAAUAUUUUGAAGUUGUGAGAGUUUGCUUGUUUGUUUGCUGCAACGGUGUGUGUAAAUCUGGUCUUUCCUCCACAAAAACUACAUUCGAAUGGCACACUCUAACGAGACACGAGGGGAUUUAAUGCGGCCUUUUCUCAAUAAAUUCCUUCAAUUUCUGCUGUGCAAUUUAUGGUACAAAUGUCCAAAUUGAACAGACUUGGAAAGACUCACUGAGAGCAUAUAUUUGUUGUAGAACUGAAUUUAAAACUUUUAAAGCUUGCUCUUUUACAAUGAAAAAAUUGUUUGAGAAAAUUCAGAUAUUAAAUGAAUGAAAGUUCCACCGUUCAGUUCAAUUGUAACCAAAUACCUCACGUUUUAACUUUCUAGGUACUUUUUGUGAAUGAUUAAAAUUAAUUGCAGACAGUUUUUAGGCCGCUUGUCAGCCAAUGUAAUGACACUAUUGCUUCAACAAAUUCAUUCUGAAACCAAUAUUUUUCUGUCAACCAAAGUGAUUUGAGAGAGAGAAAAGAGAGGAUUCAUAAGUUAUUUAUUGGCUUUAGGUAGUGACUUGACGUGUUUGCUUAAAAAUACUGCCCAGCCAGAAAAACAAGAUGUAUUUAUGAAAAAUGGCAAAGAAAUUUGGGAUGUACUUGGCGAUUCAUGAAAGCGUUACCGUGGCCUGCGGGCAGAGAUAGGAAAAUACUGACUGGGUAAAGAACCUAUCAGAUUGCAGGAUUCAUUACCAUGCCCUCUAAAAAAAAAUAAUAUGAAAUAUUUUAUUUUUUAAUUGUAAUAAGUAGAUGCUUUCUUAUUUGGAAGUAAAAAAAAUUGUUUUGUAUGUCAUAAGUUUUUACUUUUAUCAAAUUGUGAAUAGAGUUCAAGUGCUACUUGGGACAAUUGUGCAAUUGUGGAGAAGGUCACAAAAUGAAAAUUGUUCCUCUUUGUUGUGACUGUAGAGGGAACACACCCACUGAAUGAUCCAUGCAUGUGAUCAUUUUAAAACAGUAAUUGCAUUAUCUUUGUGUUUCAGCUCCAGAGGUGAUAGAUGAUCUUGGCUAUAGUCAACAAUGUGAUAUUUGGAGUAUAGGUGUUAUAAUGUAUACCCUGUAAGUUCUUUUACUCUCGUGCAUAAUGUAAUUGUUUGUUUAAGUUUAGCUUUCUAAAACCCCAUAACUACAUGCAAGACACAGUAUAAAGGAGUAUGGAUAUUUCCUGGUGAUACACCUUGUAACUUAGUCUUAAGGGCAAAAAUGUUUUAUUUAUUUUAUCUUUUAGUUUAACUGGGAGACCACCAUUUGUGGCAGAAACAGAAGAAAAACUUUAUGAAUUGAUAAAGAAAGGUGAAGUGGACUUUUCAGAUCCCUGUUGGGAAACAUGCCAUGAAUCUGGUAAGAUUUAGUAAUUUUGCCACUUAUUGGAUAAUUUUGGAGUAAAGUCCUUGUAAGAGAAACAGCAGUUGCCCCUUUGAGACAGUCUGUAAAUGGAGUGUUCUAAGGCAAUUUCAUCCAUAGAUAUGUAAAUUAUAUUGACUAGCACAUAGUGUGAGAACUUUCCGAAAGGUACACUUCAGAUAUGUGGUAACUUUUUCCUCAACUUUCCAAUUUUUUUCUUUUUUUUUGAUGCAUCAAUUAUCUAUCCAUAACCUGUUGUGUAUUACACGAGUGUUGUCACUAAUUUGGGGCACUUUUUUAUUUCAGCAAAAAACCUCCUUCUUGGAAUGCUUAAAGUUGAUCCAGCUUACAGACGAACAGCAAAAGAAAUCUUGAAUCACCCCUGGAUUACUGUGAGUAACCACAAACCACAACUCGCAGUAGCUGUUAAGUUGUGUAUAUGAAAGAGCUAGCAAGAGACCCUGGUCUUUGAUUAGGUGUUAGUCUUCAGUUAUUGCCUUAAAAACUAUGAAGCAAAGUGCUUUGGUGCAGUAACACAAUUGGCUGCAAACUGGUGGACAUCUCAUUGCCAAAUGAUGAAACAAACAGCUAUGAAUUUUUAGACUUAGAAGUACAAGAUCUUUAAUUUGUGAUUUUUAUACAUGAAUACCUUCUAGGGUGAUUCUGAAGCAUCAGAAACAUCAAAUGUUCUUGAACUAAUGAAAAUGUACAGGGAAGAGCUCAGACAGGUAAGAUCACUUGUGUUCAGUGUUUGUAGAUGUUUUCAAAUAUCUCAGUGCUUUCAACUUUAGUGUGUAUUAGUGCAGUUAUGAUUUGACUUUGGGUUAUGUUGUGUUUCUGGUUAUGUUGUGUUUCUCCCAGUAGGAUUGGUAAGUUUAGAGUAAGUACUCAGAAAAAGGUAACAUGCUGUUGACAUUAUAGUUGUUUUCCAUGUGUAUUGUGAUUGGUCAACUCAGCACACCAUACCCUGCUGUGUGGCCCAGUAAAAUUUAUAGCUGUUUACAUUCGUUUGCCAAACUCUUUGGUUCUUUAGCACCAGCAAUUCUUAACUUUUGUGGGAAAUUGAAAAUUUGAAUCAUUUGUUGUUAGAGCAGGCAAAAGAGGGAACAUACCUGUGGAUUUGAAUUUACCUGUUCUGCUUUUGGCACACUGCACCCUUAUGUAGCCUUCAAUUUAUAGCCCACACAUUGUAUUGAAGGGGGGAAUUUUUGUUGGGCAAAUUGCAGUGCAAAAUUUAAACUUGGUUUGUAAGAGUUAUUAAGUGCUGUGUAAAACAAGAUUUUCAUCAAAUGUAGUUUUUAUUUGUUUAGAAUUGAGUAGGCAGGAUAGUGUGUAUCAGAGUGUACAGGGCUUAUCUUGUCUUUCAUCCUUACAGGGCUCUGAAAGUCAAGAAAAUUCAGAGACUAAUAAUAAUAUUAAUUGUGAAAUGGAAGAUGGACUGGUGCCAUCUCCUGGUUCUUCUUCAGAAAGUCCAAAAGAGGUAUGAUUGAGACAGUUAUUGUGGGGAAACAUUUACAAUCUGCUUUUAGUCUCUUCCCUUUAUGACAGACAGAUACAUACAGAUAGCUUACAGUACAUGCAACAAGGAAAAGGGAAAAUAAAAGGUGUAAAUGAUCUUCCUUUACUUCCCAGGUCAUAUCACUUGCCGCCACCUUCAUAUUAGCCUUUGAAAAGGCAUCGAACCUUUUCUUGAAUAGAUUAUGUUGAAUUUUUACAGGAAAGUGACAGAAAACAGAGUAACUCGGCUAAGGGUGCCUCUACACCAAAAAAGUCAGUUCCCUCAAGUAGCAGGAAAUUGGUAGGUUGUACCCAAAUGAUAAAUGAUGUAAUAACUGCUUAGCUUGUGUAAUUUGUAGAUACAUUGUAGGAAACUCAUUAGAAAGUAGGCACUUGUUGAAUUUAUAUUCCAAUGCAUUGCUUCUCAUUAUAUGAAACAAGUAAUGAGUGAUGCGUUAGUAUAAGCCACGGAUCAGGAAGAGGGGACAUGGGCAUGGAGGGGCUGGAGUUCCCCUUCUAGCCAAAAUGUUAGAAAGCUCACCCCCCCCUCCACUCUGCACAUUUCUGUAACAAUGAUAUUGCUAGUGCAGCAUAAAAGUAAUUUGGCAGAAUGUUCAUUUGCAUGAUAUUUUAAAAUGAUUUCAUCAGGAUCCUGCUUAGAAAAAUUAUAUGUAAUUGGAUCCUUUUUGUUUGAACAGCUUUGGUCUGUGCUCAAGAAGCAGACCUUUAAAAACAUUGUUUGAAAAUUUGGGUAAGGGUAUGCUCUUGGGUUAGUACAUGGGAUAAGCUCCCCAACACUUCAAAGCCCUCUGUCACCUCUGGUUCAACCUAGAUACAUCAUUCUUCAGAGCUCACAAAUGCAUGUAAAUGAGUGGCCAUGCAGGGGAGAGUCUUGUAUAGUUACUCCUUGAAAAGGGUUUCACUUUUUUUAGUUGCAGGUGAGGUCGAGAUUUCAUGCUAAGGUUGCUUGCAUCAUCCUUUAAACAUAUGUGACAAAAUGAUUUCAAGAAGUUAUUUCAAACCUUAAUUCUUCUGCCAAAUUCUGAUUAGUGAGAUGGCAAAAAAAAUUGAUAAUUACAAGCCACUUAACUGCAUUUUUUCUUAACUUUUAAACCCGAUGUGACAUGAUGUACUUACUGUUUCUUUGAAAGAGGCUAAAUAUUUAGGAGUGAAACAUGUGUUUUUCAGUUAACUUUAAUUGAUUUGUUGAUUUACAGUCAAAUCAGACUCCACGUCGAGGAAAUACAACCAAUCAAAUGGGGCCACCAUCACCCCACCCACGAGACGCCCAUAGCCCAUCUAGAUCACGUGACUCGCCUUCUGGUAGUGGCAAGUCAGUGCCUGGCUACAUGCAGCCCACGAAAAGCUCAGGUGCUACUAAGGGGCCUGGGACUCCACGGACCAGAAAGACAUCGGAGAAGAAAAGAUGAUGUAGAGAAGACGACGAUUUAUUAGAUACUCUAUUUUUGAAGAUUCCACAGAGAAAAUAAUUUUUUUGUUCUAUUUUCAAUCAAAUUCUGCAUUGAUUGCUCCUAUCGAGACAAAUAGUCUAUGCAGUCAGAGGCCGGCAAGUUAAUUUGUUAAGAAACGAUUUUUCCUCAGUCAUGACCAACUGUUUCUUGAAAUGUGUUUUUUUCCCGAGAAAUUUGGCCUUUGAAGUGGGAGCUUGGUGUAUCAGAGGAUAGCUCUGUGUGGCACUUCCCGCUACGCAAGAUUGUGCGUGACAAAAUUAGACAUUGAUAAGUCUUGGGGGUGAGAGUUAAAUUUUUGUUCUGCAAGAACCUAUCAAGGAACAAGGCUGGGGCGGGACAUUCCACAGUGUAGGGCUUUGAUGCAUUUUACACGAGUCAGAGUUGAUCAAGUACUGUCUGUCGGUCUUUUUUCCUAUAUUUAUAGUCACAGAAUUGACUGCUGGAAGGAAAUGUAGGUGAUCUUUAAAAUACUUAUAAUUCCACAAAUAAUAAGAUAUUUUAGGAAGGAAUUAUUCAAGCAAGUCUGUUUGCAAGUUGUUACAACACUUAACAGCAUAGUUGCACCUUGCUAUCUCAGACUUUCAACUUUUGUUUGUACGAAUUAUGUCUCCCAAGAAUUGACUACAACUCAUGUAGUUUUUUACAACGUUAUCAUGCUUCAGGAUAAUGAGACGAAACUGUUCAAACAGAUCACGUCUAGUGCUGUCAUGAGUGGUACCAAAAUUUUAGAGAAGUUGAACUUUGAAACGAAAACGGGAACGCUUUGAACCCAGGACCACCCUUUCACUUGCUUGAGACACUUCAUUUAUGGAGUUUGUCGCUAUUUUAAAACGAAUCAAUGUUAAGCUACAAUAAACACAACUUUGGUAUGGCCAACUCAUGAUAAGCUCGAAGCUCAGUACUUAAUGUGGAGGUUGAUCUAUUUUCACUGUAGUUACAGUACGUUUAUAUUUAUAAAUAAUUGGUUUUAUUGUACUAGGAGCUCGAAAGAAGAAACCCAGGUCUUCAACUAAUGUACAGAAUAUUGUUUCAAAGAAGAUUCUGUAAUUUAUAGAAAUUCCCAUUCGGCUCAUUUUACGCAGCCUAGUUUUACGUCAAUUACUUGAAAUAUUGUAGUGUGAACAAUAGCAUAAUAAACCGGCUUCCAGGUCCACAAAUUUUAUGUGUCGUGGUAUUGUAAGUUAUCUUUGUAAAAUUCAUAAGUUAAGUGUAAUUAAAAUAUAGUCCAAGUCCGU